AUGGCAACUCCAGACGCCGACGAAAUGGAGCAAUUCCAACGCCUGUCCGAUCAAUAUCAAGCAAAUCUUCCAGUACGGCCCUUGACCAUACCAGUCAUCCUGACACUAAAUCGCCACCUAGGGCCCUCUGAUUGGAGACAAAAGGAGUUUAUCCGAGCUCGUGUUGUUUUCGGUUAUUUCGAAAUUCUACUAAAGUCUGGCGACCCUGACUUGAUCGUACAAGAAAAGGUCCGCUUGCAGAGCUUUGAGCAGACUAUGCGUGCUGUUGGCAUUGACUACGAUAUCAUUGUCGACAUGUUCGACUACACCUGGGACUUGUUUGAUGAUAUCCACAAAGCCAUUGCACGUGGCGAUCAGUCCGACGCGGUGCUCCUAGAAGCCAUGAACGACGAGAAUAAAUCAAAUUCCAUCGUUUACCACAUCAAGAUGAUGACAAGUUCAUUUAUGCAGCUCCAACCAGAUCGCUAUGAACCUUUCCUUGAAGUCUCUAUCCACCAAUAUCGCCUGACUAGGAUUGACCCGGCUAAUCAAGAAAUCGACCAUAUUGGCUUACAAGCACUGACUGAUGCUGUUAUUGCCCCUGCCUGUAUUGCUGUUGAAGUCUCAUACCUGGACCGGAGUACCGGCGAUGAAGUGACUCCGCAUUCCUUCGUUCUCGACUCUCCACAAUGGCCUGCUAUCCGGCUGAUCUAUCGCCCUGGGCAUUACGACCUCAUCUACAAAGAUGAUAGACCAAUUCAAGUUUUGUUGCAAACGCACAAUCCUCAAUAUGUGUCAUACGCCACUGAAGAAUUUCGAGGAGAUGAAGAAUCCCUGAAUUUGUCAUCCUAUAUGUUUCCAGGAUCCAACGACGUCUCUUUGCAUGGCAUCCCUCCUACCCAUUUUCCCUCGGGUAGCCCGAAUUUUGGCUCCAACCACAGCCAUUCUCCUCAGACAGCUUUCCAUUCCACAUCUAUGGCACACCCAUCUUACUUCUCCCCGGCACUACAACCUGCCACUCGCCGCCAGCUACCAAUAAGAUCGCAAUCUCUACCAUACUCGUACUACCCUUCACCAACCAUGGCUCAACAUCCACCGCCGUUCCCUCCUUCCCCGCAGAGUCCUCAGCCACCGUCACCUGUCACUCCAAGUACCAACUUCCAAGUUCCGACCAGCACUCCGAACGCGAAGGAACCACAAAUCAGACUGAAUAAAAGCUGUCUUGAUUAUCAUUUGGGGCGCCAUGAAACCAUCCCCCUAGACCCUGGAUCAUUUGGGACAUCUGCUUUGAGUCAAGCACAUUUUACAAACUCGGAGUUCCAACCUCAAAUGUGGAAGGCAGAUGAGGAGUAUGGAAAGCACGUCUGA